AAUGACGGAAGCUCUUGUACGCAUGUCCUCGUGUCCAUGUGAGUACCUGCUGGAGAGCUGAACUACAGAAACAUUAUGCUUCGUCGAGAGGUGAGACAGAGGCGGGAGUACCUGUACAGGAAGGCCCAGGAGGACCGGCUCCGGACCAUCGAGGACAAGAAACAGAAGCUGAAGGGGGCUCUGGAUGAAAAUCAACUUCUUCCAACUGAAGUACGCAAAGAUGCUCUGCAGCUCCAGAAACUGCUGGAGUAUGACGACGAAGGGGCAGAAGGCGUCAGCUCACACAUGGAUGAUGAGUAUAAAUGGGCCGGAGUUGAAGAUCCUAAAGUGAUGGUCACCACGUCCAGAGACCCCAGCUCCAGACUCAAAAUGUUCUCUAAGGAGGUGAAGCUGAUGUUUCCUGGAGCUCAGCGCAUGAACAGAGGAAACCACGAGAUCAACGCUCUGGUGAGAGCCUGCAAAGCUAACAACGUGACGGACCUGCUGAUCGUUCAUGAGACCAGAGGACAGCCAGAUGGCCUGGUGGUCUGCCACUUACCCUAUGGACCCACUGCUUAUUUCACCCUGUACAACGUGGUGAUGAGGCACGAUGUCCCAGACAUCGGCACCAUGUCUGAGGCCUUCCCCCACCUCAUCUUCCACAACUUCAGCUCACGCCUCGGCACCAGGGUAUCCAAUAUCCUCAAGUAUCUUUUUCCAGUGCCGAAGGAGGACAGUCGAAGAGUUAUCACCUUCUCCAACCAGGAGGAUUUCAUCUCCUUCAGACAUCACACCUACAAGAAAACAGACCACAAGAACGUUGAGCUGACAGAAGUUGGGCCCAGGUUUGAAAUGAAAUUGUAUAUGAUCAAACUGGGAACCCUGGAGAACGAGAGCACUGCAGAUGUGGAGUGGCGCCACCACGCAUACACACACACAGCCAAGAAGAGGAGGUUCCUCAGUGUGCAAUAGGAACUAAUAAAGCUCCACCAACAGCUGUUGGACUGUUUUCUUUUUAUGUAACAUUUAAAAUGUGCGGUUUAGGAAAAAUGACUUGAGUUUUUGGUAGUUGCAUACCAAAUAUGACUCAAAGUAUAAUCUGUUCAAGUUUUUUACACCAAUGGAGCCUUUUUUGACAACAUCCUGUGCUGUGUGUACUAUAACUGUUAUGCUGUUUUAAAUAAAACUUGUAACUGAAUAAUUUAUGAAUAACACAA